AUGAGAGAUACAGAACAACUGUUAUCCUGUAGAUUCACUCAUUUGGGUGAUGGGCAAGAGUUGGUGCUAACAGUUGUUUAUGCAAGUACUGAUAGAAGUGGGAGAAUAACUCUAUGGGAGGAUCUAUAUGACAUGUCUUCACACAUCACCAUCCCAUGGCUUGUGGGUGGGGAUUAUAAUGUCAUUACAGAUGACAUUGAGAAAUUUGGGGGUCUUCCUGUACAGUUUGCAGAAACAGAGGAUUUUAGACAAUGUAUAGACAUUUGCCAACUGAUGGAUCUUGGUUUUACUGGAAGUAUGUUCACAUGGUGGAAUGGGAGAUCUGAUGAGGCUUGUAUAUUUAAAAGACUGGACAGAUGUUUGGGAAAUCAGGCUCUACAGAAUUGUUUUCCUAAUUUGGAGGUAGAGCAUCUCAUUAAACAAGGUUCUGACCUCUCCCCUUUGCUGGUAAAUAUGAGAGCAGAUAGUAGACCAAUUAGGAAAUCUUUCAGGUUUCUUAAUUUUUGGGUGGAGCAUGAAUCUUUUCUAGAUGUAAUCAAAGAAAAUUGGGUGGAAUCUUAUGGCUCAGACCCCUUCUUUAACUUUCAUAAUAAGAUAAAAAAGGUGGGAAGAGCUCUCUCUAAGUGGAGUAGGGACACUUAUGGUGAUAUCUUCAAGCAAAUUGCAACUCUGGAGGAAGUGAUGCAGGUGCAUGAGCUGGAAUUUGAACAGAAUCCUACAGGGCUUAACAGGGAAAGGCUACAAAGGGUACAAGCUAAUCUGAUCAGAAGAACAAAAUCAACAACUCUAUGA